AGAGCAUAACGAGAGAGAAAGAGAGGGAGUGUGUGAGAGAAAGAGAGAGAGAGAGAGAGAGAGACAGGAGGGGGUGGGCAGGCGAAACAAGCCAUAUGCAUAAGGAGGCAGCCAGAGGCACAGAGACAGAGAGGGAGUGUGUGUGUGAGUGAGUGUGCAUGUAUGUGUGAAAACACUGCGCAUGUGUGACUGUGAGGUGCACUGACUGGAGCAGACGGAGAGAAGGAGAAAGAGGAGUAAUGAACGGCAGCUGAGACGAGAGGAGAGAUAACAGCAGAGGAGAGAGGAAAGAAAGAAGAAGGAAGAGAAGAAGAAGAGAGGUUUACCUGAAGAACCAGAAGAAGAAAGAGACGGGCAGAAAGACAGGAAGGAAGAGAAGAGAAGAGAAGAGGUUGACGUGCACGCAGAGGAACACAGAAGCGCAGAAGCUCAGGUCGUAAGCUGAAUCAUUUGAGAGGCUUUAGGAGGAGGGAUGGAGAAAGAGAGACCAGACGCUCAGCCACAGCACGGAGGAAAAGGAGCACGGGUGGGAGAGUGAAGGACAAAGGUGCCAGAGAGCAGGAGGAGAGGGAACGAGGGAUGCAGAGCUCGACGAAAGCAGCCCGAGACAUGACGCAUCCACCUUGCAACAGCUUCCUCCAUCUUACAUCUCCUCCAUGUUCGCCUCCCUGCGCUGCUGCUGCUGCUGCUCGCCGUUCGUCCUGCUAGACUCAAAUGGACAGGAGAGAGCAUCCUCCCUCUGGUGAGACGUCCCCCUGAACAAAGAGCGGGUUUAUCUUCACAGAGCAGCAUCAGCAACGUCGACGGCAACCAACUGGAGCGAGGAAGAGGAGGGCGAGAAAAGGACUGGAACAAGACAAGUGCGUAGGCAAGACAGGUACAUGGACGAAAAGAAUCCUGAGGAGACGUUUCACUGAAAAGGGGAGACAAGCACAGAGGCAUCCUUCAGACUAUUAUCACUUCUUCUGCUCAGCUGGGAGGACUGUCUGAAAGUUAAACCCUUCACUCCCACCUUCGAGGAAUUCAGGAGCCUUGGAGCUUGAAGGCGUCAUUCCAACAGCUUUCUGGAGCACCUCCCCAAAAGAAAAAAAAAAAGAAAAAAAGACCUCCUCCCUGUUUCUUAUCAACGAGCCACUGAGAGGUCAAACAGGGUCAUCUGGCCAAACUGGAACAAGAGCAGAGAGAAAGACUUGAGGUUACUCGUUCUUUCUUUCUCACGCACUCGAGUCAAAGUGUAACACACCCGCAAGCCAAAAACAGGAAGUUAAGUGGGCGUUUAAGCGAGAACCGCGUGUAAAAGGCAAAGUUUGAGAAGGCAAGAGUUUCCUUGGCAGGCCACAGGAUAUAUAGUUUAAGACAAUACCUCUUGGACCUUUCUGAACUGCCUGAACUCAACCCCCCUAACCCAUGCUGUGAAUGCAGAAAUCCACCUACCUGUACUGUAUGUAUAUAUGUGAGCAUCUGUGAGAUUAUUUAUUAGUGUCGUCACUGAGUGAGAACAUAUCUUUGUGCUAAACUGUCCUUGUGUGUGAAUAUCUGCAAAAUAGCCAUCAGAGACAGCACAAGAACAUCAGCAUAAGUGAGUAAGAACAACAAAAAAAGCUACCUUUUAAGUAGUCAACACUGGUCAGAUAGUGUAAGCUGGACUGUUUAAUCAUCUGUACAUAUCAGCGGUGACAGAAUAAGAGGUGCAGAUUGCGGUGCUCUGGCGGAGCUCUUCUAUCUGUCUUCCACUCAUAAAGACACAGGCUGAGAGUAGCGCCCACAAGGCGGGGGAAUCUCUGAGGGAAACAUGGAGGCAACCAUCCGUCCCCAUGUUCCCUCAAAUGGCUGACUUCAGAGAAAGAGCCUAAUCUUUUUCCCCCUUGCCCACAACCAGGCAGGGGCGUCCAGCGCUGAUUCGAGCCACCUCUCUCUUCCACCUCCACAAAAGAAAACGUGCGAAUGUCCUGCCUCAGGCGCCAGCCCGUCACCAUCCCCAUGGACACCGUCAAGAUCAUCCAGUCGGAGAAGUUCCCCAGAGAGUGCCCUGUGCCCGUCACCCAGCCGCGCUAUGCCCCGCCCCCCAGAGUGGCGUGGGACGGCGGAGGCGAAGGCGAAAUCAUCGUCAACCAGGCCUGCAGCGACCUGACCCUGGACAUCACGGGGUCCCCCCGGCCCAUGGUGUCCCCCUCGGUCCCCGUGACGCGCCGGGAGCAGAGCUUCCUGGCGCAACGCAAAACCAGUGCCAACGAAAUCUGCUACCACCAGUUCCACUACAAGAUGGAAGACGUCAUCGUGAACCAGUACGUGCUGCGCUCCUCCUCCACCUCCUCGUCCACUUCGUCCUCCUCCUCCUCGGGGCCCGUGAUGCCCUGCGAGCCGCUGGACUGCCCCACCUGCGGCCACACCUACAACUUCGCCGGCAAGCGCCCAAGGAUCCUCUCCUGCCUGCACUCGGUGUGCGAGGAGUGCCUGCAGAUCCUCUACGAGUCCUGUCCCAAGUACAAGUUCAUCUCCUGCCCCACGUGCAGGCGCGAGACAGUGCUGUUCACUGACUAUGGCCUGGCUGCUCUGGCCAUCAACACCAGCAUCCUGAGCCGCUUGCCCUCCGACCCCAACGGGCCCGUGCAGUGGGGCGGGGACGCCGACCGCAGCUGCUACCAGACUGUGCGCCAAUACUGCCAGUCAGCCUGCACCUGCCAGAUCGCCAACCCCUUGUCCUCCUGUGGCAUCAUGUAGAGACAAGGGGGGACGCUGCAGGCAUGACUCGACGCUGCACCCCCCCCUCCCCCACCCUACAUCCCUCCACCCAUCCCUCCACCACUCAUUUCGUCUAUAAGCUAUACCCUCUCUGCCAAUCCUCCUCUCUCACACACACACAUACAGUAAAUAAAUCCCUCCACAGAUGUUAUCUCUAUAUAUUUAAUAGCACAGAUGGAUGCUAUGUGGGACUAAUGGAUGCCGAUGGAUCAUUAAAUAGUAAAUAAAUGUAUUUUAUGUAUGGACUGGAAUCCUAUUCACCCUCUCUCGUUUGGUUGGACGUGUUUGUCAUUGACAUCUCUUUACAUGGGAAUGCCAGGGGAGGUCUAUCCCCCCAACCUAGGUGAAUAAAGAUUAAAUAAAUGAUAAAAGGAA